GUCGCCCACGCGACCACAGCCACGCCCAUCGCUUCCCGAGCGCCGAAAUCCAAACACAAUGCUGCCUUCGCCACCGCCCCCUCGCGCCCUGUGCCUGUGCGCUCUCCUCCCCUUCUCCCCCUCCUCCACCUCCGGCCAACCCCACCCCUUGCGCCACCCCGCGCCCCGCCACCUGCGCGUCCGCAGCUUCAAGCCCAGCGCCACCAAGGCCCCGCCGCCCCCGCCGCGCCGCCUGAAUGGGGCGGACCGCCGCCUCAGCGCCCUCGUCCACCGUGGGGACCUCGACGCGGCGCUCCGCCUCGUGGGCUCCUCGCCCCGCCCACCUGACGUUCCCCUCGCCAACAGGCUCGCCCGCGACCUCUGCCGCCGAGGCCGCCCCGCCGACGCCGCGCGCGUCGUCGAAGCGUGCGGGACCGCGGCCACUGCCGCCACCUACGGCGCAUUGGCCGACGGGUACUGCCGCGCGGGGAUGCUCGAGGACGCGCGCCGCGUCGUGGACGCCAUCCCCGCGCGGGUGCAGCCCAGCGCAUACGCCUACAACCCGCUCAUCCACGCGCUCUGCGAGCGAGGGCGGGUCAGGGACGCGCUCGAGAUGCUCGACAGUAUGUUCUGCCGAGGGUGCGCGCCCGACGUUGUCACCUACAACAUCCUCCUUGAGGCGACGUGCAAGGGGAGAGGCUACCGACAGGCCAUGGAGCUGAUUGACUUUAUGUGCUCCGAGGGAUGUGAGCCCAACAACGUGACGUAUAAUGUCAUCAUCAACGCUAUGUGUAGAGAAGGAGAUGUAGACUACGCACGCGAGUUCCUCAACAGCUUGCCUUCUAAAGGGUGCAAGCCGAACACGGUCAACUACAACACUGUCUUGAAGGGUUUUUGUAGCGUUGAACGGUGGGAGGAUGCCGAGGAACUUAUAGCAGAGAUGGUCCGAGAGAAUUGCCCACCGAGUGAAGCAACGCUCAAUGUGAUCAUCAAUGCCUUGUUCCGAAAAGGAUUGCUCCAGAAGGCAAUGCAGCUUCUAGAGAAAAUGUCAAAGCAUGGAUGCACGGCAAAUGUUGUUACUUACAAUGCUGUCAUCAGUGGUCUCUGUGAGCAAGGGAAUGUGGAUAGUGCCUUGGAGUUGCUAAACAACAUGCAAUCUAAUGGUUGCAAACCUGAUAUUGUCACCUACAACACUCUGCUGAAGGGUCUGUGUAGUGCCAAGCGAUGGGAGGAUGCCGAGGAGCUAAUGGUUAAGAUGACACAAAAUGACUGCCUCCCAGAUAAUGUGGCAUUCAAUACAAUAAUUAGUUUCUUGUGCCAAAAAGGAUCGGCUGUGCAGGCCUUUGAAGUUUUUAAGCAAAUGCCUGAGCAAAGCUGCAAUCCUAAUUCGAUCACUUACAACACGUUAAUAAAUGGGCUUGCCAAGGCUGGCAAGAUGGGACAAGCCCUUGAGCUGUUGAAUGAAAUGGCCAGCAAAGGAUUCAACUCAGAUAAACUUUACCAGUUGCUUACUGAGUGUCUGAGUAAAGAGGAUAAAAUUGAAGAGGCAGUUCAGAUGGUUCACAAAUUGCAUGAUGCAGGCAUAUCUCCCAAAACCGUGCUCUACAAUACAGUGCUCUUGGGGCUUUGCAGAAACGGGAAAACAGAUUAUGCUAUUGAUAUGUUUGCUCAUAUGGUGUCCCGUGGUUGCAUGCCUGAUGAAUUGACCUACGUUAUACUCAUUGAAGGUUUGGCAUAUGAGGGCUAUUUGAAGGAGGCAAGAGAAUUGCUAAGCAAUUUGUGCUCUAGAGAUAUCCUAUGUAACAGCUUGAUCAAGAAUGAAGCUUUGUUUUUAGAUCAAAAUAAUAUUCACUCUUCUUGAGUCAUGAUGAGGUCAAGGGCUUGCGUGCAUUUUUUAACUUCAUUAUAUUAUAGUGGUGGAGUAGGUUAACACUUCCACAUUGCUUCAAUUUUUUUUGUAAGUUCUCUUUACUUCAGAUAUGUUGUAGCUUAGAGCUUAGCUCUCCAUCUUCUUUAGUUCUUUGUGUAACAAUGUAGUUCAAUAUCGUGCAUGUUUGGCUUAUUGUAGUUGCAUUUUUUUAUGGAUACUUAUGAAAUAUGAGCACAUUGGAACGUAAACAUGAUUUGAUGUUUACUUUCUGGACGCACAUUUAUUCAAUGACAUACUUAAGCAGCAUAUGCAUUGAGCCUAGUGUUUAAACUUUAGAUGCUAGUUUUGGAUCAUUUUUCUCUGUUUCCUUCUGGUGGCGAUAAUUGUCACAGAAUUUAGGCAUAGGUGAAAUGUGCGACCAAGAUCAAGGAGCAGGAAUGUUAUGGGUCUGCACCUAUACUAAUACAUCAUUUUAGGAGUUUUGUUAAAGUACUUUGUUUAGAAACACGUGUGUCUGUUUCUUUUUUCUGAGUGACCUGGUAUGUAUAAAUAUAGAUUAGCCUCUGAGACAGUACAGUAUUUGUUCCUCAGAUUUUUCACAUUGAAAAAUGUAGUCCUUAACGUGAAAUCGAAUGUUAAUUUAUGAUUUGUUUAGUUUAAUGUAUAAGUAAAAUAUGAAGAAUCAUUGUCUAAUAUGAGCUCAAGUUCCUUCUGAAUAGAUGUCACCACUUAUCUUGUAAGACAACCUUGACUCGUUGUUUGUGGGAAUUCAAUAUAAUCCACCCUGUAAUGUCGACUGCAGUCUAUGAUAAUUAUAAUGUCAUCUCAUGUUGUAUUUCGCAGAGUUAGCUACGACAAUUAAAUUGGAGUAAAUUGCAUGUUACACCAGUUAUAUUAACCUCUUCGCACUAUCCUUAGUGAAACUGUGGAAGACUUCUAGUGCUGCAUAUUUACAUGUGAAUGGUCAUUCUUCAUUGCCUCAGUUAGGACUUAGGACAUAAGCUAAUAUGUUUGGAAUCAAGUUAUAUAAGCAGUAACAAUAUUGCAUGAGCUAAUAGUCUUCUCAUUUUAUUAUGGGGCAAUUUGCUGGGUACCAUCGCAAAAAUCGCAAAUGUGGACUCACAUGUCAUCCUCACACCGAUGAUAUUUUUUCAUAUAGGCACUUUUGCGAUGGUAUCCACCUAAUUUUGCCUUUUAUUAUUGUGACCAUUGCGUGUGCUCAUAUAUUCACUUCUACUUACAUCCAUAGUUUCAAAUUGGUCCAACCUUUAAUGGGUGAUUGUCACUUAACUAUGUUUAUAUCUUACAGCCUACAGUUGUUUGAUUUGCUCACUUAAGAGUUGUAGUGUAACUUUGUUAGGCUAGGUUAUAGUGCCUAGUAUUGUUUCAAAACUCUUGUUUUGCUAAAACAAGAUAGGAGUAACCAGUAAUCACUGUUGUUUCAGAAUUCUCAUAUGGAUGGUUGAUGGUAGAUUGACAUGGGAUAGUCGUUCUAAUAUAGUGCACUGAAGUAACUUUGGGUAUUUGAACAAUGCUAAAAUGGUAAAAAAGAGAUUGCACUGUACUUGCCUACUCGGAUUGCCAUCUCUAAGUGCUCAAGCUUUUUGUUUUUCUUAAGAGGAAUCUUCAAUAAUAUCUGCAACAUGCAAAAUCGUGGCCCUUCCUGUUGAUUCAGUAUUCUUAUUUUGUCUUGCACCUAUAUAGGCCCAGGUAGCAACAUGCUAUGACAGUAUCCAAGUCAUAGACCUUGAAUCUUGCAUCAUGCUUAAAGCCUUAUGAACUGAUGCAGUUCUUGUAUCACUGCCAGCUCGUACCAACUUUCUGGGCCUGAAGAAUUCAUCGCUGGGCUUCUAUUUGAAAGGAAAGCUGCUUGACCAUCUUGGCCUCACUCUCCAAUCAGGUUGGCUUUACUAGUCUGCCGAUCGACGUCUCUCUACCUUCUUCUAGCAAAGCAGUCGAGAUGUUUGACUGGAUGAGCAAAUCGUUGCAUGUUCUGCGUGCUUUUCAUUUUUAAACCGGUGUCCAAACUCUAAAGGCACUUUCGCUGGCUAUCUUCUCUUCUUCUUAUCUGCUCGCCACCUGCUAACCAUGGACCACGAUGUGCUAACUGAGGCUUUGGAAAGUCACGGUUCUUCUUAGCGUCUGCUGUGUACGUUACAAAGUUUUCUUUCCACCCUCUUAAUGAAAUAAUGCGUU